CCAUUCUUCGAUUCCUCGGCGACCACCUGUGCGCAUUGCGUUAGCUUUUGUGUCGUGUUGCUGGCUAGCUAUAGCUUGCUGCUGCGCCGGCGAGUGAUGGAGGUGGAGAGCCGGUACGUCGCCGUGAGGCACCACGUGGAGGGGCUCCCGUCGGAGGACGACUUCGAGGUGAAGGCGGCGAGGGUGAGGUGGUGGCCGGAGUCCGGCGAGGUGCUGGUCCGGAACCUCUACCUGUCCGUGGACCCUUACCAGCUCAACCGCAUGAAGCGCCGCAGCGCGUCGCACCUCGCCGUCGACGGCAUCGUCCCCGGCGAGAGGAUCGACGCGUACGGCGCCGGCGAGGUGGUGGCGUCGGCGUGCGAGGAGUACAAGGAGGGCGACGUGGUCGCCGGCGUGCUGGGGUGGGAGGACUACACCCUGUUCCGGCCGUCCCCCGGCGUGCUCAUGUCCAAGCUCGCCGCCUCCGACGACCUCCCCUUGUCACACCACCUCAGCGCACUAGGGACGAGCGGGAUGACGGCGUACGCGGGGCUGUACGAGGUGGGCAGGCCGGAGGCGGGGGAGAAGGUGUUCGUGUCGGCGGCGUCGGGCUCCGUCGGCAGCCUCGUCGGCCAGUUCGCCAAGCUCGCCGGCUGCUACGUCGUCGGCUGCGCCGGCACCAACGCCAAGGUUGACCUGCUGAAAAAUAAGCUUGGAUUCGAUGACGCUUUCAACUAUAAGGAUGAGCCUGACAUGAAAUCAGCACUGAAGAGAUACUUUCCCGACGGUAUUGACAUCUACUUUGACAAUGUCGGUGGCGAGACACUAGAGGCGGCGCUGGCGAACAUGAACACCUACGGCCGCGUCGCCCUUUGCGGCGUCAUCUCCGAGUACACCGACGCCGGCCACCGCGCCGUGCCGGACCUGCUGGAGGUGAUCUACAAGCGCAUCACCAUCAGAGGCUUCUUCGCCUGGGAUUUCCUGACGAGGUUCGCCGAGUUCACCGGCGUCAUCAGUGACUGGAUCCGUCAGGGAAAGGUCCAGGUGAUCGAGGACAUCUCCGACGGCCUGGAGAGCGUGCCGUCGGCUUUCGCGGCGCUGUUCAGCGGCGACAACAUCGGCAAGAAGAUGGUUAAGCUGGCAUAGGAGUACACAGCCAUGGCCGGAGAAAAGCUAAUGGGCAUGUCAGUGAUUCAGAGUCAAAUAAAAUUUAGGUGAGACUUCAGAAAUUUACCGACAGUGAAACAAAGUUGUUUUCUUCAACUAUUGAGCAUGUCAGUGACUCGGAGUCGAAUAAAUUUAGGUGAUUUCAGGAAUUACUGACAGUGAAACAAAGUUGUUUUCUGAGGUAGCAUAGCCGCCUCUGUGACUGGAUUGAACUCACUGGUCACAACACUCUGCAACACUGUUAACUAGUAGUACCAAUCAGGUAUCUGAGUGUCGGACCAAAUCAGAAAAAAGAACACAUGGAGAAAAAGGCAGGCAGCAGGCCUUGAUUAUCACUCUGCAUUC